GGAAUCUACAAGUUCAAAAAUAUUGAUUAUUUUUCUCCACAGAACGCAGAGGGAUGGAGGAUAGGUCAUGUCAGGUGUUGUUUCCAUCUUCGUCAUGUUCAUCGGUUGAUCAUCGCUUGUCUGGUGAUCAAACACAGUGUGCAACUCAGAUCAACAACACGUCCUCCGCGUUGCCACAUCAUAACACUACCGAAGGAAAGAAACACAAGAGUAAAAAUAAAGAGAGAGAAGCCAGGUUUGCUUUCCAGACAAGAAGUCAGGUUGAUAUUCUCGAUGAUGGAUACAGGUGGAGGAAGUACGGACAAAAAGCUGUCACGAACAAUCCAUUCCCCAGGAGCUAUUAUAAGUGCACAGAAAAAGGAUGCAGAGUAAAGAAGCAAGUGCAGAGGCUAUCAGGAGAUGAAGGAGUGGUGGUUACCACUUACCAAGGAGUUCAUACCCACCCCGUUGAUAAACCCUCCGAUAACUUCCACCACAUCUUGACACAGAUGCACAUCUUCCCUCCCUUUUAGUUUAUAUUUUUUUUUUCUCAUUUCAUUUUCUUAUGCAUACCGAUGUAUCUUGAGUGGGUUUAGAUGAAUUAGUUUGGCGCAAAAGAAUGCCGCUGAAGCCCAAAGAAACAUCUAUACACACACACUAGUCCUUGUCCUUGGGUUUCCUUGGAAUAUAUCUCCUUUGGUGUCUUGGUGGACUCCGC